AUGCCGAUCCCGUUGGUGAAAUUGGUUGUUGUUGCUGUCGCUGGAGGAACUGGUGGCAUAGGCAGCGCUAUCGUCGACACACUUUGCUCAAACCCUCACCAGAAGAUGAUUAUUCUAACUCGCAAGAUUCCCGAUGCACGUCACGCGACCGAUACCUUUGUCACCCUUGAGUACAGUGACGUCGGCGCAAUGGCAAAGGCCCUCGACGACAAUGUUCACACUGUCAUCUCAGCCCUGCGCGUCUUCAACACAGCUUCCACCGAGGCAGAUAGUAACCUCGUCAAAGCGACAGCACAAGCUAAGAUCCCCAGACGGUUUGUCGCAAGCGCAUGGGGCAUUCAAUAUGCCGGCGCGACACCAGUUGGACAAGCUCGAGGACGCACUUUAGCUGAACUGCGGACGACAAAUCUGGGAUGGAGCCGUUUCGAUAACGGGUUCUUUCUCGAUUAUUACGGCCCGCCGACCUUGGAGUCUUAUAUGCAGAGGGUUGCUUGGGCCAUCGAAAUCGCGAAUAACAAAGCCGGAUUCCGGGAGCAGGAAAUGAACCAAUCACCUUCACGCUUCAAGUUCGAUGUUUCUUAUGAUCCUGCCGAGAAACUAGAGAAGGGAGAGGUUACUGAACUUCCCUUCAACAAAAACGCGACCGACUUUCCUCAGAAGGUACUGGAAGGUCUCAUGUCACACUGGGGAAUCUAUGCCUCGAAGGGCAAGUAUGAUAUGCUGAUGGAUAAGGCUCUAAACAACGUAUUUACAAGCAUCCAGCUGUUGAAGGUGGAGGAUGUAAUGGAAAUGUGGCGGUGA